AUGACAGUCCUGGGUGAAGACUGGUUCGCUGUGGGAGAUAUAUAUUUCAGAAAGCUGCGUCUGUACGACAUGCCAUGGGGAAUGGGGUUUUCCCUUUCUCAGUUCAAAAUGUCCAUUUGCCAGUAUUCUGGUUAUAUUGCGAUGUAUUUGGAUGGUCAAGCUGGUGCGAAACCUGUACUUCAAAUCUACACGUCAUCAGGCAAGCUUGUAUCUCAACAUGUUUGGAAGGAUGCGCCUGGUGUAUUAGUUGGCUGGACUUUAUCAGAAGAUUUAUUAGUUGUACAAAAAACUGGAUUCACGACAGUUUUGGAUCUUCAAGGGAAAUUUAUUCGUCGUUUCAGUAUGGGACCUGAAGCUGAGGAAAGAGAAAUAAUCAGUGCUAAGCUGUUUGUUAUGGAGAGUAACACAGGUAUAGCUGUUCUUACUGGUGGAAAUCACAUUUUUCUGACAACUAGCAUUGAAACGCCACGAAUGCGACGUCUUGCUGAAUUACCUGGACCCAUGCAAUCUUUAUCACAAUGGAGUAUUAUUACAACACCUCUUGAUCUGGGAACUACCGAUUCCUUUCGAAGUCCAUGGUUGUUGAUUGCACGCAAAAAGAAUUUAUAUCGAGCAAACUUUGGAACAGUUGAAAGUAUUGACUUGUCGAGACUUACAAAUUCAAGUGGUGAUGACAUUCGUUUACUAUCGAUAUCGUUAAAUAUGCAGUUUGUUGCAAUUUAUUUAAACAAUGGUGAAUUGUUAAUUACAAAUACCCGAUUUACUGAAUUACACUCACAUAUUGAUCUUACACAACGUAUAUCAGUAAUGCUAAUGAAUAGCAGUGAUUCACUUAGUCAACGGUCAAAUGAAUUGAAUCAUCCUAAAGCAUUAUUGUGGUUGACAAAUUCAGCUGUUGUUCUCCAGUGGGAUAAUUUAAUCGCCAUUGUUGGUGUACAAUCGGAUAUUUAUGAAGCAUUCUAUGCAGAUGAUAUAUUCCUAUCACAAGAGAUUGAUGGAAUUCGCAUUAUAACGCCUACAUCACAUGAACUACUACAACGGGUACCAUCGGCGCUUGAAUCAUUAGGACGGAUUGGCGCAUCAUGUCCAGCCACUUGGUUAGUGUCAGCUUAUAAAAGUUUGAAAGCAAACUGUGGACGUACUAAUGAUUAUUUAUUACCUAUUAAACAAACUAAUCAAAUGAUUGAUGCAAUAUCUCAUUGUAUUGAAGCAGCUUGUCAUGCCACAGUUGAUUAUGCUUGUCAACAAGAAUUACUUGAAUCUGCUCAUCUUGGUCGUAUAUUGUUACUGGCUAUGUUUAAUACGACGGAUACUACUGCAACAACUACUAGUGGUACUACUGCUACUACUCCUGACAAUUGUUCAGUGGAGGCUAAAGUAAAAGAGCUUGCUGAUCAUGCAGCUAAAGUUUGUCAGACAUUACGUUUACUAAACAGUUUAGCUGUUCCUUGGUUUGGAAUCGCUCUAACAUGGCGUGAAUUCCGUGAAUUAGGACCAAACAAAUUGUUUGAGCGUUUGUUAGUUCGUCGGCAUUAUCCAAUUGCCAUUGAACUUGUUCGAAUUCAUCAAAAGCACAAGUGGCCAAGAAGCAUUCUUGAAGAAAGUCAGGGAAAUUAUGGAACAUGUACAUUUUCACAUCUACUUGCUCACUGGGCGUGCAACAGCUCUAUAACAUCAUCGGGAGCAGCCGCACUGAUAUCAGAACGUGUGGCAGCUAUCGUUGAUAAAUUACUCAAUGAUUCCCCAGAGAGUAAAUCGAAUUCCAGUGGUAAUCGUGUCAACUUCUUUAAUACUCCUGUUUCACAUCUGGAUUUCGCCGAUGUUGCCAGUCAAGCUAUUUUAGCUGGUCGCGAGACGGUUGCAGAACAAAUAUUAGAGUAUGAGCCACGUGCGUGGCGUCAAGUGCCAUUACUUUUAAAAUUAUCACGUUAUAAUCGUGCAUUAGUUCGAGCGGUAGAAACAGGCGACCCUGAAUUGAUUACUGUGGUCGUAGUAGCAUUACAAGAACAAGGUAAAUUACCGCCAGCAGAUCUUGCCAUGGUACUUCGCCGACAUCCAAUAGCUCUUGCUAUCUAUCAGGAAACAUUAGGCCAAGUUGAUCAUUCGUCAUCUGAUUCAGAAAAUUCAACACAAACUGCUCUUCUCACCUUUAACCAAGAAAAUGAUCGUGCUGCAGAAGCUAAAAAAGCUGUUCUUUCAGCUUAUCGGGAGAAUAGUUUGACUUCAAGACUGACAUUGCUACAGAAUGCUGAAGAGAUUUAUCGACAAUUGAAGAAUGAUUUUAUGGCCCAGGAAUGUAAUGCUCAGAUACGUUUAUUGAAAUUUCAAAGUAAACUUGAAAAACAAGAAAUAUCUGCACCACUUUUUGAAAUUAAAGCUGUCUCUGGUUCAACUCGUAUAUUACCCGAGACAGUGAUAUCUGGCAACAGUGCACAUGAUAAGCUUUGGAUAGGUCAAUCUUUAAAUACAACACUCUGUCGAUUAUUGGCUACAGGACAUUGCGAACGUCAAGCUGAUCAAUUACGUAGAGAGUUUAGAGUAUCAGAGAAACGCUUUGCUUUUCUACGUAUUGUUGGUAUGGCAAUAAACAAUGAAUCUUGGUUGGAAAUGGAUAAAAUGAUUCGAACCAAGAAACCACCUGUUAAUGUUGAGAUAUUGACUAAAAUCUGUAUUGAUGGCAAUCAUAUCGAAGAUGCAAUUAGAUUAAUUCCGAGAAUUCCACCUGAAAGAAGAGUACGAUUUUGGCUAAUGAUUGGGAAAAUUGAAGAAGCUAUUCAACUAG